UGGGCACUAACACUAAUGACGUCCGACAAGCGAUAACAUUUCUUUCUUCUGUGAAUUCAAGUUUAGUAAUAGAAGCAUCGCUUAAAGUAUCUAUUGUAUACAGCGAUUGCAUAGAAAAGACGUUUAAUAACGCAUUUAAAUCAAUGUCAAACUCUGACUGGAACAUAAAAGUGCCUGGAGCGAAAAAUGUAUCCUUUAUGAUAGGAAACACUGAAAAUGAAUUGAUUCACGUCUACGGACUCGAUAUUCCAGAAAUUUCCAGAGACUUAGAUCAAAUAUUGCGUUCAUCUAAAUAUUCACCGUUAACAGCGAUCGACACUUAUGAAAUUGCAAAAAUAAUUCACGGUUUAUCUAAAAUGAACGGAAUGUAUAAUAGGAAAAUCAGAAAUAAAUUGAGCCAAUAUGUGGGAAAAAUGACAUAUUUACGCAUUUCAAAAUUAAAUAUGUUAAAAUACUUGAGGGGUGGAGCCAGAAAUGUUUUUAAUUACAUGUUCUCGUAUGAAGGGCAAAGGAAUUUUUUGACAAACAAAUUAAACCUUACAUUGAACGAAGGUGCCACACACGCAGACGAAAUUUCUUAUUUAUUUGAUUUAUUUUAUAUGGUAGAACCGUCUCAAGGUGACAGAUUGAUUAUCGACCGCAUGACUACAUUGUGGGCUAAUUUUGUGAAAUAUGGAAAUCCAACUCCUGUCACGACGGAUCUGUUGCCAGUAAAAUGGCUCCCUUACACGAAAGAGAAGCAGAACUUUCUGGACAUAGAUACAAAUAUGAGUUUAAAGUCGUGGGCAUCAAAGGAGUUAAUACCUUUUGGAAUUUAUUUUACAAAUAUGGCAGAUAACAAUUACCGCGUAGACUUAUCCAAGGUUAAGCGGUCCAUUCCAUUCCCUAAAUUUGAAGGAGUGUUCGACGCCAACGACGAUAGCGUGAUGUGCCCGCAAAUAGAAGAUUACAACCACACACUAACUGGAUCGCUGGAUUGCCUUUAUUUAAACAUCUACGUACCAAACGUGGCGUCAAUACAAAAUCCUCUGCCCGUACUAAUCUAUAUCCCGGGCGGACGUAAUGAGGUUGGUUUUCCAGGAAGACAUAUUUUUGGACCCACAUUUUUAAUGAAACAAGAUAUAAUACUCAUAAUAAUAAGUUUUCGUUUAGGUCCGUAUGGAUUUAUGUGUCUUAAUACGCCAGAAAUACCGGGUAAUCAAGGUCCCAAAGAUCAACUUUUAGCGCUCAAGUGGAUAAGUGAAAAUAUAGACGCGUUUGGUGGAGAUCCGCAAAGAAUAACAUUAGCUGGCGCUAGCGCUGGCGGAUUACAUGCAACUUUACAUUUCAUGCGCACAAAGUAUCCGCUGUUUCAACAAAUCAUCCUCCAAAGCGGUACAAGGGCGUAUCCACUAAUAAUGACAAAUUCAAACGUCACUGUACCCCACAGAAUAGCUGAGGAACUUGGACUCAAAACAGACAAUACGAGUGAGGCAAUUAAAUUCUUAACUAUUCAAGAUCCCUUAGCAGUUAUAAAAGCAUCGAGUAAAUUGAAUAUACGUUAUAAAGUAUGUAUAGAGAAAGAAUUCGAUAAUGUCGAAAAUUUUAUUACAAGGCACAUGGCACAUAUCACUGAUAUACCAAGUAUCAGAAAGAUGCCCAUGUUAAUAGCACAUUCUAACAAUGAACUACUGCAUCAUUACGCGUCAAUAGAUUUCGAUAAAGCAAACAAAAAUAUAAUCAAAAAUAUAUUGGACGCUUUAUUUGACUUUGGCGAGGAACGGUUUGAAAGAAUAGAAGACCAGGUUAAACAUUUUUACAUAGGUGACGAGGAAGUGAGUAAUAAAGUUAAACAAAAAAUAAUUGACUUCGCUUCGGACACGGUACAUAACUACCCAGUAAAGAUAAACAUUGAAAAGUUUAUUAAAAACAACGUAAAGAAGUUGUACUACUAUGUAUUUUCGUAUUUUGGAGAAAGAAACUUUAUUAGACAAAUAUAUGGAGUGAACGACUCAUUUCAAGGAGCUGCUCAUCUUGACGACCAAGGAUAUCUGUUCGACACGGUACCUAUUAAAGACAAACAUUCACCAAAUGACCAACUCAUGAUAGAUCGUGUAACCACUACGUGGGCCAACUUUGUUAAGUAUGGAGACCCACAACCGACAACAUCUGAAUUACUGCCACUGGAAUGGAAACCGGUUACAAAAGAUUCGCUUUUUUAUUAUAAUCUUAGUUUAAAUUUGAGCACUGGGAUCCAACCGUUCCCGAAAAGGAUGGCUUUCUGGGACUUGAUAUACAAAUUGUAUGGCAAAUACGAAGACUUUCAUUCCUGGUCUUCAUAG